AUGCAGAAACCUCCAUCAACAAGUGAAGCCCAAAAGAAAGCAAUUAAGAAACACAAAGAAGCAUUGGAAAAGAAACAUAAAGAAGAAAAGAAUAUACUUAACAGAUUUUGUGCUCGUGUUGAAGAAAAAGUAAGUAACUUCAUACAGGAUGGAACUAAACCAUAUUUGCAAUUUGAUCCCAUGGAUCAAAUGUAUAGAUCAGUAAUAAGAGAUGUUGCAACUACAGCUGGAGCUCAAGUAUAUUCAUUUGGCCAGGAAGGCAUUGAUAGAUAUUGUGUAGUUUAUUUAAAAGACAAGGGACCAUCCGAAGAUGAACUGACAGUACGUAGGGCAGGAGGUAUUUGGGAUGAAGAAAAAGCAGCAGAAAUGGCACAAAAACGCCUGGAAAUGGAGAAAUUAGCUGCUAUAGAAAACGAAGAAGAAAAGACUAGAAAACGUAAACAUGGCAAAGUAGAAUUAAGUGGGACUUUUUAUAAACAAAAGUAUGCACAUUUAAUUGGUCAAGAUGCAGCCAUAGAGGCAGCUCAGAAAACAAAUAUGAAUAAAAGCUAUGGAGAAGUUCCUAGUGAAAAUAAAAAAGAUUUACGAUCUAUUGAACAAACAAUGGCAGAUAUUAAAGCCAAGAAAGUAAAAAAAGCCGAGAUUGAUAAACAAAAUGCCGAUAGAGAAGUUAUC